AUGGCUCGGUUUGGGGAUGAGCUGCCCACCCGCUAUGGAGGUGGAGGGCCGGCCGGGGCUGGAAGAGGGAGCAGCCGGCAAGGUGGCCCCCAGGCCGGCCAGAGGAUGUAUAAGCAGUCGAUGGCUCAGAGGGCCAGGACUAUGGCUCUCUACAACCCCAUCCCUGUCAAGCAGAACUGCUUCACAGUCAACAGAUCCCUCUUCAUCUUCAGUGAAGAUAAUGUUAUACGGAAAUACGCCAAGAGAAUAACAGAAUGGCCUCCAUUUGAAUACAUGAUCCUAGCUACAAUCAUAGCCAAUUGUAUUGUGCUGGCUCUGGAACAGCAUUUGCCGGAUGGAGACAAGACGCCUAUGUCAGAGAGACUGGAUGACACUGAGCCCUACUUUAUUGGAAUAUUUUGUUUUGAAGCUGGCAUAAAGAUCAUCGCCCUGGGGUUUGUUUUUCAUAAAGGCUCUUACCUCCGGAACGGUUGGAACGUGAUGGAUUUUGUUGUGGUCCUCACAGGGAUUCUGGCCACUGCUGGGACUGACUUUGACCUGCGGACCCUGCGAGCCGUCCGAGUGUUACGACCCCUGAAGCUCGUGUCAGGAAUCCCAAGCUUGCAGGUUGUCCUCAAGUCCAUCAUGAAGGCGAUGGUGCCCUUGCUCCAGAUUGGGCUGCUCCUCUUCUUCGCCAUCGUCAUGUUUGCCAUCAUUGGGCUGGAGUUUUACAUGGGGAAGUUCCACAAAACCUGCUUCUCCAACGAGACAGGUGAUGCUGUGGGAGAUUUUCCUUGUGGAGAGGAGCCUCCUGCCAGGCAGUGUGAGAGUGGAACCACCUGCAGGGAGUACUGGCAAGGGCCCAACUAUGGCAUCACCAACUUUGACAACAUCCUCUUUGCUGUGCUCACCGUCUUCCAGUGCAUCACCAUGGAGGGCUGGACUGACAUCCUCUACAACACAAAUGAUGCUGCAGGAAAUACCUGGAACUGGCUUUACUUUAUCCCUCUCAUCAUCAUUGGCUCUUUCUUCAUGCUCAACUUGGUGCUGGGCGUCUUAUCAGGUGAAUUUGCCAAAGAGAGGGAGCGGGUGGAAAACCGCCGCGCGUUCCUGAAGCUCCGCAGGCAGCAGCAAAUCGAGCGGGAGCUGAACGGAUACCUGGAGUGGAUCUUCAAAGCAGAGGAGGUCAUGCUGGCAGAGGAAGAUAAGAACGCAGAAGAGAAGUCUCCUCUGGACGGGAGGGCCGCCUCGGAAGGGCCGAUCCAGCACGGCACGGCGCCGGCAGAGACUAGCAGCGGCAGCAGCUACAACAUGUUGAAAAGAGCUGCAAUAAAGAAGAGCAAAAAUGACCUGAUUCAUGCUGAAGAAGGUGAGGACCAUUUCACAGACAUUUGCUCCGUUGGGUCUCCUUUUGCCCGUGCCAGUCUGAAGAGUGGGAAGAACGAGAGCUCCUCCUACUUCAGGAGGAAAGAGAAGAUGUUUCGCUUCUUCAUUCGGCGCAUGGUGAAAGCUCAGAGCUUCUACUGGGUUGUCCUCUGCGUGGUGGCCCUCAACACGCUCUGCGUCGCCAUGGUGCACUACGACCAGCCAGAGAAGCUCACCACUGCCCUCUAUUUUGCAGAGUUUGUUUUCCUGGGUCUGUUCCUCACCGAGAUGUCUUUGAAGAUGUAUGGGCUGGGGCCAAGGAACUACUUCCACUCUUCCUUCAACUGCUUUGACUUUGGGGUCAUUGUGGGAAGCAUAUUUGAAGUUAUCUGGGCUGCAGUGAAACCAGGAACCUCCUUCGGCAUCAGCGUGCUGAGAGCCCUUCGGCUGCUGAGGAUCUUCAAAGUCACAAAGUACUGGAAUUCCCUGAGGAAUCUGGUGGUCUCCUUGCUGAACUCCAUGAAGUCCAUCAUCAGUUUGCUCUUCCUGCUGUUCCUGUUCAUUGUGGUGUUUGCUUUGCUGGGGAUGCAGCUCUUUGGAGGACAAUUCAAUUUCCAAGAUGAAACACCAACCACCAAUUUCGAUACCUUCCCUGCUGCCAUCCUCACAGUGUUCCAGAUCCUGACGGGGGAAGACUGGAACGCAGUGAUGUACCACGGGAUAGAGUCGCAGGGGGGAGUCCACUCGGGGAUGUUCUCCUCCAUUUACUUCAUCGUCCUCACCCUGUUUGGUAACUAUACACUCCUGAAUGUCUUCUUGGCUAUCGCUGUCGACAAUCUGGCAAAUGCUCAGGAGCUGACCAAGGAUGAGGAGGAGAUGGAGGAAGCCACCAACCAAAAGCUUGCCCUGCAGAAGGCCAAGGAAGUGGCAGAAGUCAGCCCCAUGUCUGCAGCCAACAUUUCCAUAGCCGCUUUUGUAAAGCAAACUCGAGGUACUGUAUCUCGCAGCUCGUCAGUCUCCAGCGUUAAUUCACCCAAGCAGCAGAACUCCUCCAAAUCCAAGUCGGUUUGGGAGCAGAGGACCAGCCAGAUCCGGAUGCACAACUUCCGAGCCAGCUGCGAGGCUCUGUACAACGAGCUGGACCCGGAGGAGAGGGUGCGCUACGCUACCACCCUGCACAUCAGACCCGACAUGAAGACUCACCUGGAUCGGCCGCUGGUGGUAGAGCCAAGGACCGAGGGCAGGAACAACAUCAGCAAGCUGAGCCCCGUGGACGUGCAGGAGGUGGAGCAGACCAAAGUCAGCUCUGCCGACGGGGCGGAAGCUCCGCGAAAGCACCACCGGCAUCGGGAGAAGGACAAAGCGGCGGAGCACGAGAAGGGGGAUGGCACCAAGGAGGAGAAUGGGGAGCCCGGCCCCAACAACAAGGAGGAGAGGCACAGGCAGCACAGGAGCCGCAGCAAGGAGGUGGAAGGGGGCAGUAAGGAAGGGAAAAGCGAGCGCAGCAGGGGGCAGGAGGGGGGCAAGAGGCACCAUCGGCGAGGGUCGGUGGAGGAAGGAGGCGAGAAGGAGCACCGCAGGCAUCGCCCUCACCGGCACUCGGCCGACCGGCAGGGCAAAGACGGCAACGGCACCGCCAACGGCGGCCGGAGCGAGCGGCGAUCCCGGCACCGCGGCGGGUCGAGGUCUGGCAACCGGGAAGGGGAGCCCAGCUCCAAGGGUGAGAACGGAGAAGAGCCUCACAGACGGCACAGGCUGAGGAACCGGGCGCUGGCCACCUACGACUCGGUGGAGAAGGAGAACGGCGAGAAGGAGGGGGAGGCUGGGGAGAAGGAGCACCGGAACCAUCAGCCCAAGGAGAACCAGUGUGAGAUCGAGGUGAGUGGCAGUGUGAGUGUCCCUGUGCACACCCUCCCCACCACCUAUCUGCAGAAAGUGCCAGAGCAGCCAGAAGAUGCUGACAACCAGAAGAACGUGACUCGGAUGAUUCAGCCCCCUCUGGACAAAACCACCACUGUGAACAUCCCUGUCACUAUCACUGCCCCACCAGGGGACACCACUGUCAUACCAAUGAACAAUGUGGAGUUUGAGAGCAAAGCGGAGGAGAAGAAAGACGUCGACGACCUGACGAAAAAUGGUCCGAAGCCAAUCCUGCCUUACAGCUCCAUGUUCAUCCUGAGCCCCACAAACCCGAUCCGGCGUCUCUUCCACUACAUCGUCAACCUGCGCUACUUCGAGAUGGUCAUCCUCAUAGUUAUAGCCCUCAGCAGCAUUGCCCUGGCUGCAGAAGACCCUGUCCAAGCUGAGUCACCAAGGAAUGAUGCUCUGAAGUACUUGGAUUACAUUUUUACAGGAGUCUUUACCUUUGAGAUGGUGAUCAAGAUGAUUGACUUGGGGCUGUUACUCCACCCUGGCUCCUACUUCCGUGACCUGUGGAACAUCCUGGACUUCAUUGUGGUCAGUGGGGCCUUGGUGGCCUUUGCCUUCUCGAGUUUCAUGGGAGGAACCAAGGGCAAGGACAUCAACACCAUCAAGUCCCUGCGAGUUCUGCGGGUCCUAAGGCCACUGAAGACCAUCAAAAGGCUGCCAAAGCUGAAGGCUGUCUUUGACUGUGUGGUGAAUUCCCUGAAGAACGUCCUCAACAUCCUCAUCGUUUACAUGCUCUUCAUGUUCAUUUUUGCUGUCAUUGCUGUGCAGCUCUUCAAAGGCAGAUUCUUCUACUGCACAGAUGAGUCAAAGGAGCUGGAGAAGGACUGCAGGGCCUGCAUAGACUUUGCCAUAAGUGCCAAGCCACUGACCCGCUACAUGCCUCAGAACAAGCAAUCCUUCCAGUACAAGAUGUGGAAAUUUGUGGUGUCCCCUCCCUUUGAGUAUUUUAUCAUGGUCAUGAUUGCUCUCAACACCAUUGUCCUCAUGAUGAAGUUCUAUGAUGCUCCAGAAGCAUAUGAAGAGAUGUUGAAAUGCCUGAACAUUGUGUUUACGUCCAUGUUUUCCAUGGAAUGUGUGCUGAAGAUCAUUGCCUUUGGUGUGCUGAAUUAUUUCCGGGAUGCUUGGAAUGUCUUUGACUUUGUCACAGUCUUGGGAAGUAUUACUGAUAUUUUAGUAACAGAGAUUGCGGACACGGACAACUUCAUCAACCUCAGCUUCCUGAGGCUCUUCAGGGCAGCCAGGCUUAUCAAGCUCCUUCGCCAGGGUUACACAAUCCGCAUCUUGCUCUGGACCUUUGUGCAGUCCUUUAAGGCCUUGCCUUACGUGUGCCUCCUCAUUGCAAUGCUCUUCUUCAUCUAUGCCAUUAUUGGCAUGCAGGUGUUUGGAAACAUCGCACUGGAUGAUGAAACCUCCAUUAAUCGGCACAAUAACUUCCGCACCUUCCUCCAAGCCCUGAUGCUCCUCUUCAGGAGUGCCACAGGGGAAGCCUGGCACGAGAUCAUGCUGUCCUGCCUGAGCAACAGAGCCUGUGACCCUCUCUCUGGCCUCACCAAGAAAGAGUGUGGCAGUGACUUUGCCUAUUUCUACUUCGUGUCCUUCAUCUUCCUCUGCUCCUUCCUGAUGUUGAACCUCUUUGUGGCUGUGAUCAUGGACAAUUUUGAAUACCUGACCAGGGACUCCUCCAUCCUCGGCCCCCACCACCUGGACGAGUUCGUCCGAGUCUGGGCUGAGUACGACCCAGCCGCCUGCGGGCGCAUCAGUUACACAGACAUGUAUGAGAUGCUGAGACACAUGUCCCCACCUCUAGGCCUGGGAAAGAAAUGCCCUGCUCGUGUUGCCUACAAGCGCCUGGUGAGGAUGAACAUGCCCAUCUCACCCGAGGACCUCACCGUCCACUUCACCUCCACGCUGAUGGCCUUGAUCCGCACAGCCCUGGAAAUCAAACUGGCUUCAGGAGGUGUGAAACAGCACCAGUGUGAUGCUGAGCUGAGAAAGGAGAUCUCCUUGGUUUGGCCCAAUCUCUCCCAGAAGACUCUGGAUUUGCUGGUGCCUCCUCACAAGCCUGAUGAGAUGACAGUGGGGAAGGUCUACGCAGCGCUGAUGAUCUUUGACUUCUACAAGCAGAACAAGAACAGCAGGGAACAGGUCCAGCCCCCUGGGGGCCUCUGCCAGCCUGGACCUGUGUCACUCUUCCACCCCUUGAAGGCCACCUUGGAGCAGACCCAGCCUGCGGCGUUCAGCAGCGCCAAGGCCUUCCUGCGGCAGAAGAGCUCAGCCUCGCUCAACAACGGUGGGGCCCUACCAGCCCCAGAGGGUGGAAUCAAAGAGUCCAGCUCCUGGGGGACCCAACGCACCCAGGAUGUGUUUUAUGAAACCAGGACACCAGCUUUUGAACGAGGCCACUCAGAAGAAAUCCCCAUUGAGAGGGUGGUAGAAAUGAAGGAAAUCAGCCCCACAGUUGCCAAUGGAGAGCACCAACCAGGUCUGGAGAGCCAGGGGCGGGCAGCUUCCAUGCCACGCCUGGCCGCCGAGACUCAGCCCAUCCCGGACACCAGCCCCAUGAAGCGCUCCGUCUCCACGCUGACCCCGCAGCGCCCUCACGCCAUGCACCUCUAUGAGUACUCCUUGGAGCGUGUGCCACCCGAGCAAGGGCAUCACCACCACCACCACCGCUGCCACCGGCGGAAAGAGAAGAAGCAGAAGUCCUUGGAGAAGGCUUCCCACCAGCUGGCCGACGGAGAAGCUGUGGCCCACUCUGGUGAGUCUUCUUCCAAGGACAAGAAGCAGGAGCGUGGGCGGUCCCAGGAGAGGAAGCAGCACUCCUCUUCCUCCUCGGAAAAGCAGCGCUUCUACUCCUGCGACCGCUACAGCAGCCGGGACCGGUCACAGGCCAAGUCCACUGAGCAGAGCAGGCCCACCUCACCCAACGGAGGGCCAGAGCAUGGUCCACACAGACAGGGCAGUGGUUCAGUUAAUGGGAGCCCCUUGCUGUCGACGUCUGGUGCUAGUACCCCAUGCCGGGGUCGGAGGCAGCUCCCGCAGACUCCGCUGACCCCGCGUCCCAGCAUCACCUACAAGACCGCUAACUCCUCACCCGUGCACUUCACCGGUUUCCAAGCCGGCCUGCCCAGCUUCUCCCCGGGCCGCCUGAGCCGCGGGCUGUCCGAGCACAACGCGCUGCUGCGGGGGGACCAGCAGCCGCCCGCCCCGCCGGUGGCUCGCAUCGGCUCCGACCCCUACCUGGGCCACCGCGACGAUGCCGACAGCCCCUACCGCGCGGUGCCGGAGGACACCCUCACCUUCGAGGAGGCGCUGGCCACCAACUCGGGACGGUCCUCAAGGACUUCUUAUGUCUCCUCCUUGACCUCCCAGUCUCACCAAAUCCGCAGGGUGCCCAACGGCUACCAUUACACACUGGGGCUCAACACGGGCCCCGGGACUGGCACCAGAGGACGUAGUUACUACCAGGAAGCCGACGAGGACGACUGGUGCUAG